UCGGCGCAUGGGAUGAAAUGAUGGAGGGUAAAUCCCACAGUUUAAUCCUAACUCCUCUGAUGUGCCUACAUUGAGUUUUGGAUUGUAGGACACAUUUGGGCAUGUUGGGCUUCAAACGGCUUCUAAUGCACGUUUGCACUCCAGACGGCUGGCGUUUUCUGUUCAUCGCCUCCCUGGGAGUCCAGACAGGUUUCAGCGUUUCCAUUUUGGAUAGUUUGGCUGCAAAGGCGCGUACCCACACUUCUCCAGUGCCACCGCAACUUAAGGUGAAUGCCGUCAUGCCAUUUGGGUGCCUUGCUCUGCGUGAUGGGCAGACUUACGAUAGUAUAUCCGAUGUGACAGACAAAUAUGAAAUCGGUCAGGUUCUCCGAGCGAAGGAGUUCUGUGAGCUGUGCUUGGCUAAAGACAGGCAAACAAACAAAGUCUUUGUCUGCAAGAAAUUUCUCAAGAAAGAUGGCAGGAAAGUCCGCAAGGCCGCCAAGAACGAGAUCAUGAUCCUCAAAUUGGUCAACCACCCAAACAUCCUUCAGCUUAUAGACACGUUCGAGACCCGGAAAGAAUACUACAUCAUCCAGGAACUGGCCACCGGGGGCGAUGUGUUCGACUGGAUUCAGGACCAAGGCAACUACACAGAAAGAGACGCCUCCAACGUCAUCAGACAAGUCCUGGAGGCAGUGGCGUACUUGCACUCUCUCAACAUAGUCCACAGGAAUCUGAAGCUGGAAAACCUAAUGUACUACACUGAGAACAACCACAACAAAGUCGUUCUGCGAGAUUUCUACCUUUCUAGAUUUGAGAAUGGGACCAUUACAGAACCAUGUGGAACACCAGAAUACUUGGCACCUGAAGUCGUGGCUCGUCAUCGAUAUGGCCGACCUGUGGACUGCUGGGCUGUAGGUGUCAUUAUGUUCAUUCUCUUAUCGGGUAACCCUCCUUUUUAUGAUGAGACAGAAGAGGAGAAUACAGAUCUACAUAAUCGCAUCAUUUUCUGUCGCAUUGUUGCUGGUGAUUUUGAGUUUGAUUCUCCAUACUGGGAUGACAUUUCCCCUGCAGCUAAGGAGCUUGUCUGUCGUCUCAUGGAGGUGGACCAGAUGCUGAGAAUUACAGCACAAGAUGCACUUUGGCACGAAUGGAUUGCAGGUAAUGGCGCAUCAGAGAAGAACCUAAAGGAUGGUGUCUGCGCCCAGUUUGAGAAGAACUUUGCAAAGGCCAAAUGGCGGAAAGCGAUCCGCGUCACCACCUUCAUGCAGCGUCUGAAGAACUCCGAGUCAGCGAUUGACAGUUCAGCUGACGCACAGGGUGGUGAAGGUGCAGGGGAAGUAAAAGAAGGGGUGUCCGAGGUGACAAGUGACGAGGAAGGUGGCAGGGUCAGAGAAGGCCGGGUGAUAACGGGCGGUGUGCCUUUAGAGGUAAUGGUUGAAAAAAGACCAGCAGACAUUGACCAGGAGGUCGAAAACCAGCAGGAGGUAAAGGUGAAUCUUAAAGUUGGUGCAUCGCCAUCCUGCGAUAAGCUUGGCACAAAGAAAGUGCAAGAUGGUCAUACCAAGAAAACAGCUGCCAAGUUGGAUGAAAACAUAGAAUCCCAGAUAACGCCCACUACCACCGCUGAACGCACCGAGCUGUCAGACAGUACUUCAGGUUCUCAUCCUGACAGGAAACAGACCUGCACCUCCCCUGAUCCCGGCAAUAAACUCAAGAUGACUGCAACACUUCAUGGGCCUCCACCCACAGCCUCAGCUAACACUACACACAAGGAUGGAAAUGACGGAAGCUGGUGUCAGACGCAACUGCCCGAGGCGGUGGCAGAGACUUCGGCGGGAGCGUCAGUCACUCCGGCAAUUGCGCCGGGAACUAGGCCGAAUGUAGGUCUCGGUGUUAGGUUAAGGGGUGAAGCUAGUCCUGUGUUGAGGAGGGACAGGGACGCCAAGAAAACGGACCGAUAUAGUGCAGAGUUUAAUAUUGCCAGUGAAGGUUCUGCAGCAGGUCAAGGUUGCUACGCAAUUGGCAGCUCUGCUAGUUUAGGCCGGCACGCCACACCGUACAAUAGAGACGUUGGGACCGUAGGCAUGGGGGUGGCAGGGGCCUAUGGGAAUCCAUACUGCACCUUGUAUGCAAGUGGAAGUAGUUUCGGAAUGUACGGGACCGGGUUGCAUCACGGAGGAGUGGGCAGCAGUACGACAAGCGACUGGCAAAUGGACAGUGUGAUUGAGCAGAUAGAAAAGCAAAUGGUGGCGGUGCUGGAGAAGAUCGAGGGAGACAUGCCCUCAUUGCUGGAGCAAAUCAGUGACUGCCCACCCGAAACGCUACGCAUCAGGAGCACGCACGCCUCGCCUGCCACCUCCUGGGCACGCACCGCGCAUCAUCACGCCUCUGCUGAAACCUUGGCCACACCGCCACCUCUGCCAACUUCGCCCAGGCCCGCGCUGCCAUCGCUCCCUCGCCUUACUAUCCCUCCUCCUUCCUACCCUCCGCCCUCCCCGCCGUCUGAAGCCUCGGUCUGGGCUACAGGAGAUCAAGAGUGUGGGCAGAGUGGCACUGAAUGUUCUGGACAUUUCCCCAGAGCUGGGAUGGGCAGAGGGUUAUGAAGCAAACAGUCCAGAUGGGAGUGCGGAAAUUGGCUGGAUGGAUGGAUGGAUGGGAAAUCAAUCCUAUUCUCUCUUGUUGGUCUUGAUUUAUAAGUUACUCUGUCACACCAAGACAGCACACGAUAAGAUGAGAUGACUUCUUAGUACAUCUUUAUUGCACCGAACUCUAACAGUUGAAUAAAAGGGAACAGACAGAACUUUGAAAGAAAGCUACAAAGAGCAUGAUUUUGAAAAAUGUGUGCAUUGUAUGCUCACUACACAACAGCAUCAUUCUGGAAUGCAGGUGGUUUUUGUAGUUGAACAAAAAAUGCGUAGAACGGGAAACAAACGUUGUCUAACAGAAAUGACAAAUCACUAUUUGAAUCAUGUCCUGCAAAUUGUAAAUAGAUUUAUUGUAACUUGCUUCCUAAUUCUUGUUAUGCUGUGUGUGGUAAACGUCCUCAUGUCUAAACAUCUAUUAACAUUAUUAAUCAAGCAAUUCCAGUUCUACAACCCCAAUUCCAAUGGAGUUGGGACAUUGUGUUAAACAUAAAUAAAAACAGAAUACAGUGAUUUGCAAAUCAUGUUCGACCUAUAUUUAAUUGAAUACACUACAAACACAAGGUAUUUAAUGUUCAAACUGAUAAACUUGAUUGUUUUUAGAAAAUAAUCAUUAACUUAGAAUUUUAUGGCUGCAACACAUUCUAAAAAAGCUGGGACAGGUGGCAAAAAAGACUGAGAAAGUUGAGGAAUGCUCAUCAAACACCUGUUUGGAACCUCCCACAGGUGAACAGGCUAAUUGGGAACAGGUGGGUGCCAUGAUUGGGUAUAAAAGGAGCUUCCCUGAAUUGCUCAGUCAUUCACAAGCAAAGAUGUGGCAAGGUUCACCACUUUGUGAACAAGCGCGUGACAAAAUAGUCCAACAGUUUCAGGACAAUGUUCCUCAACGUACAAUUGCAAGGAAUUUAGGGAUUUCAUCAUCUACGGUCCAUAAUAUCAUCAAAAGGUUCAGAGAAUCUGGAGAAAUCACUGCAUGUAAGUGGCAAGGCCGAAAACCAACGUUGAAUGCCUGUGACCUUCGAUCCCCUCCUGCGGCACUGCAUCAAAAACCGACAUCAAUGUGUAAAGGAUAUCACCACAUGGGCUCAGGAACACUUCGGAAAACCAAUGUCAGUAAAUACAGUUUGGCGCUACAUCCAUAAGUGCAACUUGAAGCUCUACUACGCAAAGCAAAAACCAUUUAUCAACAACACCCAGAAACGCCAACGGUUUCUCUGGGCCCGAGCUCAUCUAAGAUGGACUGACGCAAAGUGGAAAAUAGUUCUGUGGUCCGAAGAGUCCACAUUUCAAAUUGUUUUUGGAAAUUGUGGACGUCGUGUCCUCCGGGCCAAAGAGGAAAAGAACCAUCCGGACUGUUAUGGACGCAAAGUUCAAAAGCCAGCCUCUGUGAUGAUAUGGGGCUGUGUUAGUGCCAAUGGCAUGGGUAACUUACACAUCUGUGAAGUCACCAUUAAUACUGAAAGGUACAUGCAGGUUUUGGAGAAACAUAUGUUGCCAUCCAAGCGACGUCUUUUUCAUGGACGCCCCUGCUUAUUUCAGCAAGACAAUGCCAAAGCACAUUCUGCACGUGUUACAACAGCGUCGCUUUGUAGUAAAAGAGUGCGGGUACUAGAUUGGCCUGCCUGCAGUCCAGACCUGUCUCCCAUUGAAAAUGUGUGGCGCAUUAUGAAGCGUAAAAUACGACAACAGAGACCCCUGACUGUUGAACAGCUGAAGCUGUACAUCGAGCAAGAACGGGAAAGAAUUCAACCUACAAAGCUUCAACAAUUAGUGUCCUCAGUUCCCAAACGUUUAUUGAAUGUUGUUAAAAGAAAAGGUGAUGUAACACAGUGGUAAACAUGACCCUGUCCCAGCUUUUUUGUGGAAUGUGUUGCAGCCAUAAAAUUCUAAGUUAAUAAUUAUUUGCUAAAAACAAUAAAGUUUAUCAGUUUGAACAUUAAAUAUCUUGUCUUUGUUGUGGAUUAAAUUAAAUAUAGGUUGAACAUGAUUUGGAAAUCAUUGUAUUCGGUUUUUAUUUAUGUUUAACUCAACGUUCCAACUUCAUUGGACUUGGGGUUGUACUUUCAUCCUUUUAAUGUAGCCAUUCAUUUGAGAGCGCGGUCGAAAUUCCAGCCAAGUGGACUGAGGAAACCUUAUCACUGCAAUAGAGAUUUACUAAUUUCUAAAUACCCCUGCCAAAGUCAUUCAAAAAUCUUGCCUUUUGGGAAGAAAGAACUCAAAUUAUUUUCCUAUCACAAAUAUAAACGCGAUUUACGUUUUCUUCAUUCUUUUUUGGGGCCAAUGUACCUUCAUGUUAUGUGCUUUUCUCUGGAUCAAUAUAUCCACCAUUCUACCCCAAUAGUAAAAUAUAUUGUAUCUCCAAGUCUUUCAUUAAAAAUAAAAAUAAAUAUAAUCUUUACCGGUUUUAUUUAUUGAUGUUUUGACUGGCGGGUGAUUAAUAAAUUACUUUAAACCAG